UUCGUCCCAUCGAUUUCUUACCCUGAACACAGAAGUUCGCUUCCGCACGCUCCAUUACGAAAUCCCAACGUCUCUCCGCAGCGCCUCCGCCCGUCCUCCUCUCACCUCCGAUGGAGCGGCGGCAGUGGAGCCUCUCCGACUUCGACGUCGGCAAGUUCAUCGGCGAGGGCAAGUUCGGCAAGGUCUAUCUCGGCCGCGAGAGGCAGAGCGGCUACGUGGUGGCGCUCAAGGUGAUAUACAAGACGAAGCUGGAGAAGUACCGGUUCCACGGGCACCUGCGGCGGGAGAUCGAGAUCCAGCACGGCCUCGACCACCCCAACGUGCUCCGCCUCUUCGCCUGGUUCCACGACGCCGAGCGGGUCGUCCUCGUCCUCGAGUACGCCGCCCGCGGGGAGCUAUACAAGCUCCUCCGCAGCGUCGGCCACUUCUCGGAGCGGACCGCCGCCACCUAUGUAGCAAGCCUUGCUGGUGCACUGGCAUACUGUCACAAGAAGCAGGUAAUUCACAGGGACAUCAAGCCGGAAAAUUUGCUCCUUGAUAUCGAGGGCCGGCUUAAAAUUGCAGAUUUUGGAUGGGCGGUUCGAUCAAAUGCUAAACGUCACACACUCUGUGGCACAAUAGAUUACCUGGCACCGGAGAUGGUAGAGAAAAAGGCUCACGAUUACGCCGUUGACAACUGGACUUUAGGAAUCCUGUGCUACGAGUUUUUGUAUGGUUCGCCACCCUUUGAAGCUGCAGAACAGCAAGAUACCCUGAUGAGGAUAGUCAAAGUGGACUUGCUGUUCCCUAAAACUAGUGACAUAUCUGCAGAUGCCAAGGAUCUCAUUUGCAAGCUGCUAGUGAAGGAUUCGAGCAAGAGGAUUUCUCUUGACGAUAUUCUGAAGCAUCCAUGGAUUGUAAAGAAUGCAGAACCUUCAGGGAGUUGCAUUGAGCAAAAAGCUAGUGCAUAAGCUUCUUAGUAAGUCCACGGCACUUCUCGCCGUUGCGAGCCGGCCUGGAUUUUGGCGAAGUUCUUGUUUGCCAACAUGCCGAACAUAGAAGAAGUGAACAGUUAGCAUCAUCUGCACCAUAGAUUUUGUUUUAUUCUUUUUUUCUUUUCGGGCGAUUUGUACCAUAGAAUUUGGCCUUUCUCCGGAGAGGUUCUCUUAAGUUAACCUACUACUACUAAUGCUCUCUUGGUGGUGAAUCAGUGUUCUGAAAUACGAUUUCAGUGCAUCUCCAGUGUGCCGUCCAGUGCAUCUGCAGCGCUACCACUGUUCUGAACUGCCGGAUACCAUCUUUGUUCUGUUGGUU